ACCGGAAACUGAAUUCUGCAAAACAGGAAGUAUAUUAAAUACAUUUCACGGCAGCCUCGGUGGCUCCAUUUUCUAGCUAGUUUCAUAGCUACUUUCGACAGUUUUUAUAUUUUCAAGGACGCAUUUGUCUAUAUUUUUAUUUUUGUUGAACUGAAACGACACAUUUUUCAAGAUGGGGGGCGGCGACCUGAACUUGAAAAAGAGCUGGCACCCACAGACUAUGAAAAACAUUGAGCGUGUGUGGAAAGCUGAACAGAAACAUGAGGCUGAACGCAAAAAGAUUGAGGAGCUCCAGAAAGAACUGAAAGAUGAGCGAACCCGAGAAGAAAUGACAAGAUUUGCGGAGGAAACUGGUGCCAUUAAAAAGAGGGAUGACCGCCUGGACUGGAUGUACCAGGGUCCUGCUGGACAGGUGUCCAGAGAUGAGUAUCUUCUGGGACGUCCCAUUGACAAGCAGAUCACCGACCAAUAUGAGGAGCCUGAAAGCGGCCCGUCUGCUGAGACUGGCCUGCUGCCUGGAUCCAUCUUCAACCCCACCACUCCUGCCUCCAACCUUGACCUGGCUGCCAAAAUCAGGGAAGACCCCUUGUUUGAAAUCAGGAAACGUGAGGAAGAAAAGAAGAGGGAAGUCUUGACUAAUCCAGUGAAGAUGAAGAAAAUUAAAGAAAUGCUGCGCCAGAAUCUCGACAAGAAAGACAAGAAGAAGAAGAAGAAGAAGGAUAAAAAGAAGAAGGCAGACAAAGAGAGGAGAAAGGAGAAGAAGCAUAAGAGACGGAGCUCAAGUUCGAGCUCAAGCGAGGAAGAAGAGAAAAAACACAGGUCACAUUCCAGAGAUGACUCGUCAGCAGACACCAAGUCUCAUUCCCAUCAUCUUCCAGGUUAUGGCCUCCUGCUUCCCGCCGGAAGACAUCCCCAGUCCUCAGCUCCCUCCAAUUACUCAGGACGCCGCGAAAGGAGCCGCUCACGAUCGCCUCGCAGGAACAAUAAGGAAAGCAGCUCCUACUCUUCCUCCUCACACAGAGUCGACAGGAAGUUCGAGACUAGAGCUCCCAGCCCGCAGAAAGAGCGCUACAACAGAAACAGGCACCACACGUCCAAGAAGUUAUCUGCAGAAGAGCUGGAACGAAAGAGACGGGAGAUGAUGGACCAGGCCAAGCAGAGGGAGGAGGACAGGGAGAAUAAUGUGAAGCGGUACAAGAGGCAAGACGAGCAGGAAAAGCAGCGGGAACAAAAUGCCAAACAUGACCGUCACGCUGGCUUCAUUCAUAACAUGAAGCUGGAGAGUGCUUCCAGCUCUUCUUUAGAGGACCGGGUCAAGAGGAAUAUCCAUUCCAUUCAGAGGACACCAGCCUCCCUGGAUAACUUCAUGAAAAGAUGAAGUCAACUUAUUUAUCAUACUGAUAGACAAUGAUACUAGAAAGCUAGCUGAGAGUAUGCCAGCCUCUCCUUGAUCUGUCUCUUUAAUGUACUGAGGCAGGUGUGUAUGUAUUCAUGCAUUAAGUCUGAAUGGUGUCGUGGGAGUCUAUCAUGAGUGCAAACAGGGACAUGGCUACAUGGCUUCACACACACACACACACACACACAAUUUAUGUUUCAGAAGACAGAAGAAGGCCUGCCAUGACUGGUCUGUUACCGUUGCCCCCAGUGCCCCUUUUCGAACUCAUGUGAUCUGAACUUUGUACAGUGUACAGUUUAUUGUUUCACACUAUGCUAGCACAUGCUUUUAUCUCAGAAGCUUUGUAAUAUACAGUGUGUUUGUUAGUGUGCACAUGUGAGUACCAACUGGAAUAAAUCCAUAUUUCCAGAAGUCCAUUUGUUU